CUCUGGAAAGUUGAACAGAAACGACGCCGUCUCGGUGGCAACGGGUUUCAAAAACGCGUUGGACGGCGGUUAGGUCUAGAAUCGCAGAAAGUCAAAAUAAACGAGGCAGUGAGAAAAGGACUGGUGACUCUUCACGAUCAUUGACCCCGUCGGCUAAAAUGCGCUGGUGAGUUACGGGUUGUGACUCGUGAGUCGUGACGUGCCCUUCCUUUAUUACAAGGCCAACCAAUGAGACACGUACUUAAGAUUUUUCAUCCCACAAGCUCUCAACCCGCUUAAGCAAACACAUCCUCAACGUUGUCUGAUAUUCUUCGUCCUUGUUUUGCUAUCUGGGUUCUGUCUCUUUUCGUUUUCUGUGCCACAUUUGAAGCUAACGGUCGAGACUUUGGGGUAGAGAUGGUUCUGAUGAAGGAGUUUCGUAUUGUGAUGCCCAUGUCUCUAGAAGAGUAUCAAGUUGCUCAGGCAUACAUGGUCACAAAGAUGCAGCAACAGAACACGAAUAGUACGGAAGGGGUGGAAAUUUUAGAGAAUAAAUCCUUUGAAGAUGAUGUCUUUGGAAAGGGUCAAUACACUUCUAAGGUUUAUCGUCUACAAAGCAAAGCUCCUACUUGGCUUACAACUUUUGCACCAGCAGAUGCACUCAUCAUGCAAGAGGAAGCCUGGAACGCAUACCCAAGAUGCAAAACAGUAAUCAAGUGCCCAUACUUCACCAAAUUUCAGUUGACCAUUGAAACUGUUCAUAGGGCUGAUAAUGGUCAGUCCGAAAAUGUACAUGGUUUAAGCAAAGAAAUAUUAGCAGCCAGGGAUGUGGAAAUUGUUGAUAUAGCUUCAUCUGCAAGGGAUUACUGGAGUUACGUGGUUGGUAGUAACAAUACAGACUUCUCUAAUUUUAAAUCAGAGAAGACUGGCCGUGGUCCACUUUUAGAGGGAUGGCAGGAUACGUCAAGUCCAGUUAUGACAGCCUACAAGUUGGUCACCAUAGAUGCGCCAUAUUGGGGAUUUGGCUAUAAACUUGAACAAGCUUUGCUAUUGGGUGAAAGGGCUCUUUUCCUUGAAAGUCACCGCAAUUGUUUUGCUUGGAUAGAUGAAUGGUUUGGAAUGACUAUGCAACAGCUACGUGAACUUGAUCAACAAAGCGACUCAUUAGCUGAGCUGCAGAAACAUGGGAGGCCAACUUUGUUGGUGAAGAGCAUGGACGAUUUUGGCCAGAGAUUAUCACCCGAAAGUGAAGACAUUUAUCUUGGCCAGAGGUCUCAACUCUCGACUCAACUAUCAACUUAAAUCCAACACCUCAGUGGGUAUUUCAUUCAGAGGAGAGCAAGUUCUCUACGCUUGUGCCAAGUCACAUCGCAGCCAUCAGACAACAGUGGAGUGCACCUAUUUAUGUUAGAGUGCACCAGGCAUAUCAGAUAUUUGUAGUUGACAUGCUAGGGGUGAAAAGACGUUUCUGGCAGCAUAAACUUGGCAAGGAGUGUAGUAUAACUAACAUGUAAAUGACCAGAAAUUUUUAUCAAAGAAAUACCCAGAAAUUUUUCUGCUUGUGUACAGUCCUUUUUCUUUCA